AUGCCUUCGCCCAGUCCCAGCGCCGGUGCCAUACUUCCCAUGGUGGCUGAUAUCGUGGAGCGUAAUGCAGAUUUCAUCUUCGACACAGCGGCAGGCUCAUCUCCGUCGCUUGCUGGGCCCUCACUCCGUCCAAUUCAAGCAGUCGCGGGUCAGGCCUUCCCUGCGGUCAGGACGCGGCAUUCGUACCAUCGGAAGCGUACAAUCGCGGACGAGGGAGCCCCUCAUCUCUCCGUGCUGGAGCCUUCUAGAGCAUCGUUGCCUUCCACUUCCGCCAUCGCACAUGUCACAGGCUUCAGCGCACACGUGCAGCCUCAAGAUGCAACCUUGACAUCGGCGGGCUCGUGUGCGGCUGGCAGGGAAUUCUCAAGCGUGCCUGGUUCCCAUACGCGGGUUCCUGAAGGAGACACGGAACCUGUGCUUGCCGCUGGUGGCUCUGUCCAGCAGUGCUUGCCGGCACACCAGUGGUCUGUCUCAGAGUUUGAACAGCUCCAAUCUGGCUACUACGUGAGACCUGUGGAUGCCUUUUACUCAAAGCUCAGUGCCACUGGGAAGGAGGAGACGACCACCGCUCAUCUCACUUCACCCACGUCAUUGCCUUCUUCUUGCGUAAGCGGUGAGGCGUUCUUUUCAUUGUUGUUUAAGUGCGUUCGCAGCACAGUGCGCAGGCAUCAGCAGCUGGCGCUGGAGGUUCUGCUGGCGCACCUGGACGGCUUGGCAAUGGCCACCACUGCGCCAGAGUCGGCCAGAAGGGCGGAGGCGGUGGCGCUGCGAGACCGCUGCCUGCACGGCCCCAACUGCGCCCCAUUUGUGUUCUUUCUUCUCGAGAUGCUUGUCUCGGCGGGGCAUCCGGCAGUAGUGGAGUUGGCUGCGACUUGUUUGCUACUGCUGUUUCGAGGCCUGACUCGCGGUGAGCCGGCCGGCUCAAGAGGAAGUACCGCAGCUCCUGCACCUGUAGAGGGUGCACUCGGGAGCUGCAGCAGUGUUUCAGUGCUCAUGGAGGCGAUCUCCGAGCUUGGCUGCCCAGCAGGGGACGCUCCGGAGGAGGACACGGAGGAGGGUCGCAACGAUGACAGAAGCAUCGAUGUUCAGGACAGAGAUGCUGGGAAGCCCACAGAUGACCCCGAUCUCCCGUUUAGCGAAGUUUCGGAGCUGCUGCGCGGGUCAGAUGCUCGGCUGGGACUGGAGCAGCUAGGCUUCACGAAUAAGGUGUUGGGGGCAAUGUACCCGCUGCUGCUGAAUGCCUCACCCGCUGGAAUGAUGCAGAGAGGCGACGGAGCGGGAAGGAGCGGCGCUGAGGACGCCGGGGGACAGGCACACCGAGGGGGUGUCGAACCGAUCGCAACGUCGUCGACGUCUCCUUCCUCUUCCUCUCGUACCUCAACUCAUGCGGAGGUGAUUUUUCUGGAGCUGCUGCUCUGCGGUGGCAUCGGGGUAGGCCUGCGCGCGACGUGUCGGCGCGUCGCCGAGGAUCCUGCCUUCCUGACCUGGACUGAGGCCCAGCUGUCGGCGGUGGUGUUGGGUCACCGACGACUCGAGGACAUCACGGAGCUGUUGUGCGUGCUGCAGCAUCUCUCGCAUGUCCCGAGUGCGCUGCGCAGCUUCCUUCUCGGUUCUUCUAUGGAUAGGUGCCGCUCAAUCGACAGACUUGGCUGCAGCAGCCGCGCCGCCGCGGCAGUUCAUCAGCAUGUGCAGCACCGAUUCUACGAGACGUGGCUCCUUUUUUUCACCUCAGUCUGCUCCACAAGUGCGGCCGAGGUACGCACGGUGCGUCACGCAUCCGCCAUUCUGUGGACAAUGCUUAUCCUUCGCGCAUGUGGAUCUCUGAGGCACAGCGGGAGUAGCGCUGGCAACAGGAGGGAGACAGGCAAGAACGGCGCAGGGGACUCAAAGCCCACGGCCAGUCAAAGUUGUUACGGCAUGGUGCAGGACAUCAGUGACACGCUACUGGUCGAGGGAAUGCACGUCGGCGGCGGUCUUGUGAUGGAGGUGUGGUUCCUCCAGUACACAAGUGACGACGGCGCUGCAAGCGCUGCUCGCCAUGCAACUGGCAAUUUGGACCAGUACUUCCUCGACGCUGCGCGGACGGCGCUGCAUCUGUGUCGGUCUCCAGAGAACAGCGUGUCGUCUGUGACAACGGCCGAUGUCUCUAGCGGCGGCAGCCCCGAUGGUGUGUCCUUGGAGACGAUCGUGGCACAGCGUGUGCUGGCAGAGCUGCGAUGGACCGCCAGUGCGCACUUCUUUUCUACUUAUAUUGCGCGAAUGCGUCAUCGCUUGCCGGCUGUGUGCUAUACACUGUGCACCACCGCGGUCGACACUCAAGAAGCGGUGCAGCAACUCUUGCGUUUGGUGGUUAUGGACACCGGACGAGUGACCCGGGCCUUUGCGCGCUUCACGUCUCCGCUGCUGUCUGCGUCGUGGUCGGGCAGUGCUAAUGAGCUUAGCGGGGCUAACGCCGGCAGAGAGCAUCACCACCCCACCCGUGGCGAUCCUGCAUCCAUCCCCGUUGGAACUUCGACACUCCGCGUCAAGCCCGUCUCCGCAAAGGUCAGUGUUUUAUCCGCUAUCCGCGCAGUGGUGCAUUGUUGGCUGAGGGAACCAUCUGGAAACACCGAGUCCGCUGAUCGUGCCGUGGAGGCGGACUCUGCCGUUUGCGAUCACGCACUGUUGUUUCUCUGCUUGGACGCUGCGUCGCUCUACGCUAAUACCCGCAUGGCUGCUGCGCUGGCGGAAGUGUACCCUGCUGUUGCUGUCGACAUGGUGCUUGGCUAUGCGGCGUUACUCGUACGCGCAUUUGAGGAGGCGUGCCUCCGUAUGCGCGACAACGCUGCUGUGCGACUCCAGGCUGAUGAGCUCUGCACCAUGGCGGAGGCCGUUCAGAUAUUGCAGCACCUUGGCUAUAGCAGCUCUAGCAGUGAGGCGGCAUCGUCGCUCUCGACGUUGUCCACCACAGGCGCUCUUCCCGACCGCUCGCCAGUCGCACGCUAUACUCGCGAGGUGCGUAUCGGCGCUUUUUUCCUCCUUCACAGUAUAGCUGCAUCGAAGCAUUGUCUCGACGUUGUUCCUUUAUUGCUGCCGCUUCUCCAGCUGCGUCCUCAGGUGGAGAUAAAGCAGGAGAAGUCUGCCACUACUGCCGUAGUGCCGGCCGCUACAAACACUGUUGAGCUGGUAGCUCUCAUGAACUCUCUGCGGUCGGCGAUCGAACUCGCGUCUGUCCCUGUCAUACUGGGCAGCGGCAGCGACGCCACUGGCGCAUCAGCCUCGCCAUCCUCAGCGGCAAUGGUCGCCGUCAGUGGUGCACCUCGCUGCUGGGCUCUCUAUCCUCUCUUCGACGCCUCUUUUUCAGCCAAAUACCUCUGGGCCAACUGGCUGCGCGGUCUUCUGGGCCUGCACCAACGCGUGAAGGACGUGCUUGGCUGGGAUGGUGUGCUGAGUCACGUACUGCUGUGGACCCUGGCGCAUCGUAGAGAGCUGUGGGGCACAGUUGGUGGGUCCACCUGCGGCGACGCGGAGAGCGAUAUGAGUACCUCAGCCUUCUCCUCUUCUUCGGCUGCCGCGUUGUGCGAAUUGAUGGUUGAUUUGUGUGCUAUCCUGCAUGCGGCGUCAACUCUUUCCUGCGACCUGCGCUACUCCGCAGACACGGGUACGGCGAUCUCCACAGCUGCAUCACGCACCCUGGAGAUCUCACUGGCGGCGUACAGCGACGCGCCCUCUGAGGAAGGCAUGCCGCUGCUCGUGCACGCGCUUUUGGCGUACGUGGCGGCGCACUGCUCUGCUCGCACGGCGCUGGCGGCGCUGCAGGUGCUACUCGCAACCCCUGUGCUACAGCCUUCUUCCACCACCGUUACAGGGGUAGAGGCGCUUGAUGGGCCUGGUGGCGAGCAGCAGUCUUCCUGCUCUCCAGUGCAGACAGGGCCUGGCUCGCAUGGUACAUCCGCCACCACGCAAGUAUGCAUCUGGCUGCAGUCGUGGGCAGCGGCGCAGGGGCGGCAGAUACAAUCUGCCCGGAGCAUGUGCUGGAGUUUGGACGAUGUCGUCGCGCUUGUGCAGCUGGCGGGACCCCACUUUCGCUCCGAUGACUUCAACAGCCGCAGCUGCGAACACAUCUGGGGGGCGACUAGUGAACACAGGACCGUACCCGCAACAGCGGCAGAGGUGGUGCCGACUCCCACUAGCACUACCUCGAGUCUCGCUACUACGAAGGAUCCUAUGUGGUGUGCGCGUUGCCUUACUGGGGGCCUCUUGCAGUACUACGUGCAGCAGCGCAUCGCUACCAACGGAGGCCUCUCCGUGAUGGAGAAAGCGGUGCUUCGAUCGACGCUGCAGGAUCUGGACUGGUACCCUGCCGUGCUGUGGGAAAGGGUGGAAGGCGACUAG